UUGAACCGCUGGCUGGACGCUGCGUGUGGCAAUGUUGACUUUGACUGCGGUGGGAGGGUUCAGAAGCGUUCCUUGGGGUUCCGGGAAGGCCCCUUGAUUCGGAAAGGAUAUGCAGGAGGGGCCAUCAAGAGGAGUAUUAUAAUUCUGUUUAAACAUGUGCACAUAUAAAGGGAGAGCUGUGAUAGGUGUCUGCAGAGAGCUGCCCGGUACAUCUGGGACCGAAGCUUCGCUGGAGGUGGCCCCGGCAAGAGAGAGGGGGAGACACCUUGGGCCAAAACCUCGGUUUGCCCACGUAGACAGAUAACGGAUAACGGCGACUCCGAUAACAGAGAGCUGCUCCGGUGAGCAUGCGUCCGCUUCAAUGGCUCGCGGUCGCCUGCUGCUGGUGCUCCACGUGGGCGCCGGCCGCUCCCGCCGUCGUCAGGACUCACUUCAUCGCGAUCCGCGAGAUCGACUGGGACUACGCGCCCGCACGUCGCAACCUCAUCGCUGACGUGAGCGUGGACGACGACGAGCACGCCGGCACGUUCGUGCGACGGGGCCCUCAGCGCGUGGGCACCGUGUACACCAAGGCCGUGUACGAGGAAUACGCGGACGCCGGCUACUCGCUGGCCCUGCCCAAGGAGCCGUGGCUCGGCUUCCUGGGGCCCGUGCUGCGCGCCGAGGUGGGCGACACCGUCGUCGUCCACCUCAGGAACUUGGCGUCGCGCCCCUACACCAUCCACUCGCACGGCCUGCACUACGACAAGGGCAGCGAGGGAGCCCCCUACCCCGACCACACGGAGCGCCAGCAGAAGGCGGACGACGCGGUGGCUCCGGGCGAGAGCCGCGAGUACACGUGGAGGCUCAAGCCCGAGUACGGCCCCAUGGAGGCCGACCCGGCCUGCAUCACGUGGACGUACCACUCGCACGUGGACGCACCUAGGGACAUCGCCGCGGGGCUCAUCGGCCCGCUGCUCGCUUGCAAGAAAGGUUCUCUGGACGAGCACGGGAACCCCCAAGACCCGGACCGAGCGUUCUUCCUCCUCUUCUCCGUGAUGGACGAGAACCUGAGCUGGUACCUGCAGAGGAACGUGGAGCGCUUCUGCGAGCAGCCGGCCACCGUGGACGUCAACGACGAGGACUUCGUGGAGAGCAACAAGAUGCACGCCAUCAACGGCUACGUGUACGGCAACGCGCCGCGGCUGGAGCUGUGCGCCGGCGAGCGCGUCUGGUGGCACCUCGUGGCGAUGGGCAACGAGGCGGACGUCCACGCCGCACACUUCCUGGGCCACACGCUGGAGGAGCGCGGCCGCCGCGUCGACACCGUCGCCCUCUUCCCGGCCACCUUCCGAUCGGCGCGCAUGGCCCCGGCGCGCGUGGGCACCUGGCUCAUCAGCUGCCAGGUCAACGACCACGUGCAAGCCGGCAUGAUGAUGCUGUACACGGUGCGCGACUGCGGCUGGAAGCCUCCCGGCCCCGCGCAGGCGCCCGUGAGAGGCGGCGUGACGCGCACGUUCUUCGUGGCGGCGCACGAGGAGGUGUGGGACUACGCGCCGGGCGGGCGCGACCGCAUCUCGGGCAAGAAGCUCGACCAGCCCGGGAGCCCCUCGGCCGUGUUCCUAGAGCGGGGGCGGCACCGCGUGGGGAACCGCUACUGGAAGGCCCGCUACGUGGCCUACGAGGACGACGUGUUCAGUGCCGUGCGCCAGCGCAGCAAGAACGACGAGCACCUCGGCCUGCUCGGCCCAGUGCUGCGCGUGGAGGUGGGGGACGUGCUGCAGGUCGUGUUCUGGAACAACGCGAGCCGCCCGUACAGCAUCCAGCCGCACGGCGUCUCCUACCUCAAGGAACACGAGGGCGCCGUGUACAGCGACGGCGUGGCUGGCGGGGAGUCGGUGGCGCCGGGCCGCCGCUUCCUGUACCGCUGGGUGGUGGGCGAGGAGUCUGGCCCAGCGGGGGGCGACCCGGACUGCGUGACGUGGCUCUACUACUCGGCGACGGACAGCGUGCGGGACACCAACUCGGGACUCGUGGGGCCCCUCAUCGUGUGCCGCCCCGGCAAGCUGGGCGCGGACGGCGCGCAGCGUGGCAUCGACCACGAGUUCUCGCUGCUCUUCUCCGUGUUCGACGAGAACCUGAGCUGGUACCUGGAGCGGAACAUCGCCGCUUUCGCGAGCGACCCGGCGGGUGUGAACCGGGACGACGACGACUUCCAGGAGAGCAACAAGAUGCACGCCAUCAACGGGCGCAUGUACAACACCCUGCAGGGCCUCCGCAUGUGCAAGGCCCAGCAAGUGUCGUGGCACCUGCUGGGCCUGGGCUCCGAGUCCGACGUCCACUCCGUCUACCUUGCGGGGAACACGAUGCGCGCCUCGGGGCGCCGGCGCGACACCAUCAACCUCUUCCCGCACACCUCGCUCACGGCCACGAUGAGCGCCGACAAGGCCGGUGACUUUGGGGUGGUGUGCAAGACGGCGGACCACCUGUCGGCGGGCAUGAAGCAGCACUACCACGUGUCGCUGUGCGAUGCGCGCGUGCUGCGCCCGCCGCGCCCCACAGCGACGCGCACGCACUACGUGGCAGCCGUGGAGCUCACCUGGGACUACUCCCCCUCGCGCCACUGGGAGCUCGCGCGGCACAACACCACGCGGCAGCACAGCCACGGAGAGACAUUCCUGAGGGGCGGCACGGACCGCAUUGGCUCUGCCUACAAGAAGGUGGUGUACCGCGAGUUCACGGACGACACGUUCACGCGCGAGAAGCCCCGCGGGGAACGGGAGAAGCACCUCGGCAUUAUGGGCCCCAUGCUGCGCGCGGAGGUGGGGGAGGCGCUGGUGGUCGUCUUCAAGAACAUGGCGAGCCGUCCGUACAACAUGCACGCUCACGGCGUGGACGAGGGCCUGGACAGCUGCAACAUCCCCCCUGUGGCUCCCGGGCGUGUGGAGAAGUACAAGUGGAUGGUUCCCGAGCGAUCGGGCCCAGGAAAGGGAGACCCUGACUGCCUCCUCUGGGCCUACUACUCCAACGUCGACCCCAACAAGGACCUGUACAGCGGCCUCUUUGGAAGCCUGCUCACGUGCCGGUCCGGCGUGCUGUCGGGCGGCGGCGGCGACGGCGCCGCGCGGCCCCGCGGGGUGGAGCGUGAGUUUGCGCUGCUCUGGAUGGUGUUCGACGAGAACGAGUCGUGGUACCUGGAGGAGAACGUGCAGCGCUGCUGCGGCGGGGCGGCCAUCAACUCCUCCGACGAGGACUUCAAGGAGAGCAACAAGAUGCACUCCAUCAACGGCUACGUGUACGGCAACCUGCCGGGGCUGACGAUGCGCGAGGGCGAGCACGUCGCCUGGUACCUCCUGGGCAUGGGCAACGAGGUGGACAUCCACACUGUGCACUUCCACGGCCACCCCUUCACCGUGCAGGUGGGGGGCGGAACCCACCGAGCCGACGUCAUGGACCUGUUCCCGGCCACGUUCGAGACGGCGCACAUGAGGCCGGGCAACCCGGGCACGUGGCUCAUGCACUGCCACGUGACGGACCACAUCCAGGCCGGCAUGGAGGCCACCUACACCGUCCUGCCACGCGGCACCGCCCCCGAGUCCAACGCGUGGAUCAAGCAGCGCCGCUGAGAGGUGGCGGUGGUUUCCAGAUUUCCUCCCACCCAUCCCCCGUGGGUAGAAUUGUGGUGAUUUGGAGUCACGGUUUGAAUCGUGGAUCGCCAUCACCGGCGCCUAGCAGGGCCACCGAGAGCUGGUGGUUGCAGCAGCAGCUAAGUCUCCCCUAACUCCACCAAUCCUAGCAGUAGAAUUGUGAUGCUUUAAUUCAAGGGGUAGCGAUUUAAACCAGGAACCGAAUGGCCUUACAACUAGGAAAGUAUACGAAGUGAAAUCGUGUGAACAAUGCACGUGUGGGCGAACUUAUAUUUCACAUUUUCAUAAAAAUAAUUAAAAAUUACAAGAAAAAUUACAAAUUAGACAUUAUGGUACCCUCAACUUGUCAAAAACAAUGAAAUAAAUCGGUAAUUUUUGUUGGCUUUGGCUCGACACACUCUUGAGACAUGACCGACAGUGUGACGUGAGGUUCUAACGUUAUAGCUCGGACACACGAUGCUGUCCGUAGCACACCGUGCUCUGACGUCGUACAAACACUCAUACUGCGUUGCCCAACUGUGAUGUUACAUCACACAUCACACUGGCGUUGCCAGACAUUGCCUCCACUACCACUACGCAAAACCUGGACCGAUCUACCAUUAAUUUUCAAUUUACUUUCUAUCAACAACAGUGCCUUUUGUUAAUAUAACGUGCACAACUCAAAGACAAUACAUAAAAGACUGAAACAAGCCCAAAGGUUAUUUUGUCUAAUCUCAAACUUUAUUUUUCAAAAACUGUAAAACGAGAAACACUACAAUACAUAAUUAUUUUGAAAUAUUAAAACAUUGCAAACUCCAGUGCGCAUAAGCUACCGUCACAACGUGCUGCAUUACACAGUCCUCUCUGGGCACGUCAAAAGACUGCGGGGUUGUGAAGCUGUUUCUGAGGCAGCGCACUCUCCAAAUGAAUGGCUGCACAGUCGUGCCCUCGAAACAGGGUGCACGGCUAAUACCGUGUCCUGCAUAAGGCAGCGGCGCUUUCGUGGGGACAAAGAACCACAUUUAAAGAGUAGCGUUUUUGUUAAGUUGCACUUGCUCAAAUGCCGAACAGCACGCAAAGCGACGCUGUCUCUCUCCCUCUUAAAACUAAUUAUUUAGCGACGCUGCCUUUGACAAUUGGUGCACAAGCAGAGGUAAGAAAAACAAAAGCUCAACAUUCGUCGAUAGGAGCGUGGCCUUCAUUUAGACUGGAAGAAUCUGAUGAGCUGUGAAGCUCUUUCACAGACGUCCAUUAAUGGCCCUUCGCAGCAUGUAGGCCGGUUAGAGGAGUUGGAGACAACGCGAUAUAGACAUAGAUACGUGCUGUGAAGGACCCAUUGCACAACACCGUCACCUGUUAUCUAAUUUUUCUAUUUAGGGCCACCGUUACUGACGAACGUGUCGAGUUUGCUUCGUCGCCCACGCCGCGUGGGAACAGCACACGGGGCAGCAGUGCAGGCCCAGCGGCGUCGGGUUUUGUGCAUUCCAGAAUUGUCUCGUAGCUUUCCUGUGGUUUCAAAUGUCUUUUUUGUCUACCUCCCUUUUGUCUUGCUAUUGUCGUUUGUAAUGUAAGCAAUAGAAAUAUAGAAGUCAUGGUAAUAACGGGAGUUUUGUUAACGAAUGGACGAAGUGGAUUAGCCUGGUCUUCCGGGGACGCGCGCUGUACUUGGUUACUAACGCUUGACAACGAUCAGCAAGUAAACAAACACCCAUGAAAUGUAUGUGUAAAGAGGUGAAUUACAAGGCUUGUAUUCGCACCGAUUACUGUUGUCAUGCCAUGUCUAUAAAGGUGUUCGACCCUUGCAGUGUUUGCUCCGUGGCAAUAAAAAAACAGAGGCGUGCAA